AUGAAGACUCGGGACUCAAAGAAGAAGUGGUUUUGCGAUGAAUGCAGGAAGGCCAAGGGGACAUCUAGCAUCAACAGCAGCAAGUUGGGUGAGCAAGCUACCACGCUGACUAAAGAAUUUAUGAUCGGCUUAUUUGAAGCCUUUAAAAAGGAGGUUUCCGACGAAUUGAAGAGCCACUCUACCCAAUUCCAAGACUUUAAAACCGCCUUGGACUUUUUUUCGGCUAAGCUGGACGACAGCAAUAAAGCUAUGGCCGAAAUACAAACCCAGUAUAAGGAGAUACGAAGGGAAAAUGAAGCGUUCAAGGUUCAGAAUGCGCAGCUGUCACAGAGGGUGGGCGCUCUGGAGACCAAGGUGAGAGAUUUAGAACAGUAUUCGCGGAGGGACAAUAUCGAGAUCAACGGACUUCCGGAGAUUCCAGGCGAAAACUCGAUGAGCAUCCUGCAGGACAUAGGAAGAGCCAUAGGUGUGGAGGUGGAGCCCAGUACCAUCGUUGCGGUGCACAGAGUGCCAACGUUCAGCAGGACGAGGACUCCGCCCCUCAUCGUCAGGUUCACUACCAGGGACAAGAGAGAUGAAUGGCAGCAUAACGAGAAGAAGAAGACCCUCAUGGCCCGUGAUGUCAACCGGAACUUCCCUGCCACCAAGGUCUUUAUUAAUUAA